UAUUUUUGAUAGUAGCUGCAAUGUAAAACUAUGAUUUAUACCUCAAAUAUGCACAUUUUCGAACAAAACAUAAAUGUAUUGUAUAACAUGUUAUAAGACUGUCAUCUGAUGAAGUUGUUUCUUGGUUAGUGACUAAUUAUAUCUCUAUUUGGUCGGUUUUGUGAUAGCUACCUAUGCGGUAAAAAAAUUGUGUUCAUGUGUUGCCACUAUCAUGUAUCCUACUUGGCUGAAGCUUUGAUCCAGUGGAAGAAGUAUUGAGGAGCAGGGAGGUUAAAGGUCACUUCAGGAUACAGCUGUUACUCUACACUAUCCCUAGAUAAUCCAGUAAUGAGAGAAACUGAGUAGAAUAUUUAGGGCCCUAUCAAAUCCAUUUUCUUUUCUUUUUUUAACCUAAUUCCAUUUUCUCCAUUUAGUUUUUCCAGGUUUCAGAUUUGUCCCUGUUUUUCUGUUUUUCUCUCUAAAUCACACUGUUAAUAGAAAAACAACAACAAGUCCACAACAAUACUUAAACCACAUCAGGAGACCACUUUUGAAGUCUGAGAAAAAUCUAAGAAAUUUUCAUUUUUGUGUGUAGAUACCCUUGAAUUCAAGUGUCACCAGCAAGAGCCUUGCUUGGUUAGUGGUGUCUCUGUAGCACACAUGUGAUUGCAGAGUCUGCUGAACAAAUCACAACUGGAUUGAUGCAAAUAAUCAUGAAAUCAUUCUGCCAGGUAGGCAUAGACUACUUUGUAGUUAACAUUUAAUUGACAAGGUUUUUGGGGAAAGCUUUUUCAUCAACCAGAAGAUGGUUGUCAUUAGCAUCAUCGCUAACAGCUAAACAUAGUGGUAGACAAAUGCACUCAGACAGGGGGAUUUCAGUGCUGUUUCCUCUUCAGAAAGUUAAAGGAAAAUACAAAUCACUUAGGCUAAUUUAGACGACUUGCAGGCAGUGGGUUCAGAAUAACUAUGACAUAAAAAUGAAAACUCUUUAAUCUGUCACCUAAUCCUACCUAAUGGGCAGGUCAGCCCUGGAGGAAAGUAUUGGCUGUAAGAAGUAAGAGAAAACAUAACAUCUGUUUUUUUAAAUUUUAUUAGCUCUCAUGACAUUGCUUGCAAGAAUAAACAUUGUAAUUCAUAUUUUCCAAUCUGCGUUACCCACUCCAGUCAGCAGAUGGCGUUUUGAGUCUUUCAGGUGAUGCUGCUUGCGUGACGUACACUCUAGUGGACGGAACUGGAGGCUUCUUCAACAGCGACAAAAGGCUUCUGAUUCAACCAACGUGGUGAUUUGCUAGCGAACCUAAAACCGAAACAUUGAAGCGCUUUAGACCAAUCUUGUGUAUAUUACUCUUAGUGUUUUGAAUAUAAUUCUGUUUACUUAUCUACUAGUUAAUUUAAAUGUAAUUUGCUUGUUAAAUUAGCAAAUUUGGUAAAUUGAUAAUGCACUAGGCUAAUCGACCGGAGCAUGAGUUCACCUAGCUCGACGGAGGAAGAAGCUCUGAUGAAAGGAGAGGAAGAAGCUUUCAGGAUGAAAAAGGAUGAAGAGGAAACUAUCACAUUGAAAGAAGAAGAGGAGGAUGUUACAGUGAAAGAGGAAGAUGGGAAAGAGGUUGUCGGAGUGGAAGAGGAGGAGGUAGUAACUUUCAGAAUCAAAAAGGAGGAAGAUGCCGUAACAUUGAAAGAAGAGGAAGAACCUUUUAGAGUAAAAGAGGAAGAGGAGGCUGUCUCAAUAAAAGAGGAGGAAGACGUUUUGGGAGUGAAAAAGGAGGAGGCUGAAGAUCAGAUUACAACCAGAGAGAGACGUGACUAUCGUGGAUCCUCUGGGGAGCCUCAACAACAUCCUGAUGCUGACGAGGAAGAGAAGAGUCUCUCCAGAUCAGAACACCAGAUGGACAACGCUAGCCAUUCCACCCUCCCGGAGUCCCCAUGUUGUGCCUCUCCCGGUAGCGCCUCACUGCUGGGUAUGAAGAGGUUGUCUGUGCUGCUGGUGGACUGCAGGAAAACAAUGGGGCUGAGUGGAACUGUGAGAGUAGGAGAAGAGAAAAAAGGAUCAGAUUUGACACGUCAAAAAAUUGACCAGGGGAGUGACACAGAAGGAAUGGAUGAGGACUCUGUGAGUGACCACAGUUAUGAUUCCACUGCGGAAGAAAUGUUUUUGGAAGGAAAAGAUCCACUUUUAGACCAUGCCAGGGACUCGGAUGAACAAUGGGAACCCACAAUGUCAAGGUGUCCAUCCCUCACUAAUUCAGACGCUGAAGCUGGUUCAUCCAGCCGGACCCCUGCUGUCUCCUGCUCCACACCUUGCCCCGCCCGGCCAUCUAGAGGUGUGAAGAGGCCAGCCCAGAAGCGGAGGAGGACUAGUGCACCAGCGUCAACUACCACCGAGGCAGAGGACCGCUGGCACACUGUGCUAGAAGAUGAUGUGGAGCCACUUCCACCAACAUUUAGACCGAAAAGGCAGCCAGGACCUCAGCUGGACAAGACUGCAAAGUACAGCCCCCUUCAUCUUUUCCAGGUGUUUUUCUCCUUGUCAGUUCUUGAUUCGCUGGUUUCUAACACCAACAAGUAUGGGGCUAAGACACAAGCAGGCAAGAAAGAGGCAUGGAACCCCAUUUCCGUCCAAGACCUGUACUGUUACAUCUCACUGGUUAUUUACAUGGGGUUUGUGAAGUGUAAAAACCUCAAGGACUACUGGAGAACGUCAACACUCUACCAACUGCCUUUCUCCUCCACUGUCAUGUCUUCUAAAAGGUUUCUGACUAUCUCGCAGGCGCUUCAUAUCAGUGACCCACAAGUUGAUGAGGACAAUGACAAGAAGAGAGGCACAGCAAGCUUUGAUAGGCUCUGCAAAAUCAAACCUCUCUACCCCAGCAUGGUUGAGGCUUGCAAGACCCAUUUUCAACCCAACCAGAACCUGUCCAUAGAUGAGAGGAUGGUAGCCUCAAAGGCUGGAAUUGGCCUCAAACAAUAUAUGAGUAACAAGCCAACAAAAGGGGGGUACAAACUGUUUGUUUUGGACGAUUCUGUGUGUGCCUACACUUGGAAUGUUUUUGUUUACGAGGGGAAAUCCAUCCCAGCCACCGGUAAGGGACUUAGUUAUGAUUCCGUUAUGGAAUUAUUAGAUUUUCAACUGCUGGGGACGGGCUACAAACUGUUUGUGGACAACUUCUACACAAGCCCUACCCUGUUCACAGACCUGAGGAAGCUGAAUGUGUGGGCUUGUGGCACCAUUCGUCCCAACAGAGUGGGUUUUCCCAAAACAAAAGUCAACGACAUGCCUAAGCGGGCUGAUAGGGGUAUCAUGCGAUGGAUUCGUAAAGAUGACCUGCUCUUUGUGAAGUGGAUGGAUACCAGAGAGGUGGUCAUGUGCUCCAGUAUCCACAAACCGUACAGUGGCGAUCACGUCGUCAGGCGUGUGAAGCACGCUAAUGGGGAACAGACCACUAAAAAUGUUCCCAUUCCUGCUGCUGUGAAGGAUUACAACAAGAGCUUGGGAGGUGUGGACCUGUCAGACACUCUGAUAGGCGACUACAAUGUUCUCCACAAGACAAUGAAUUGGUACAAGACAUUGUUUUAUCAUUUCAUUGACAUUGCUGUGGUGAAUGCAUUCAUCCUUCAUAAGGAAAUGGCUAAGAGCUGUGGACAGACCCCCAUGACACAGCUAGCCUUCAGAAAGCUGCUCAUCCAGGAGCUUGCUGGCUACGGCACAAAGUCCACUGCAGCACCUUCUGCCCCCUCUACCUCUGUCCCUUCUGCUCCUGCCACCAGUGGUGUUCACAUGCCCGAAUUCAUAACUGCAGGCAUGAAUGUGCCUCGGGGCCAAAAGGCCACAGCAUGGAGGCGUCGUUGUGUUCUUUGUCACAUGAAGUCCCCCAUCACCUGCACGACUUGUUCGGUUUGCCUCUGCUUUACAGCAGAAAGAGACUGCUAUGGGACUUGGCAUAAGCAGCAUAAUAUUGUGUAGAGGACUGAGGAUCUUCCAAAUACUGUCAUUCUAAAGUUGUUUUAUUUUAUUUUUUACUUUGUGUGGUUUGUGGUGUUGUUCAACAGUGACAUUGGAUCCCUGGGCUGCUAACUUGGCCCUUAAAUGUUUCACUUCUGUGUUUGGAGAUAUUGGAUCAGCAUUCUUGUCACAUUUCCCGUUAGUACCUUUUAUGUAGGGAAGCUAAUGAUCCAUCAUUUAUGACAUUCCUGGGAGUGUGGAGACUAAGCAUUUUUGUAUUUUCUAUGUAGUUAUUUUCUUGAAAAAAAUCAAUUUGGCCAUUUGGGCAACUGGUGUGGGACACCUGGGUGACUUCAUACUAAAUGGCAUGUAACUCGCUCAUUCUUGACGUUAUCAGUCUGACUUUGCACAUGUACUGUUGCCCUGUUGUGGACAACAUAUAAAUGACCCCCAGCGUCCUAUAUCAAUGUAUGUCCUUUCUUUUGCAUUUCAAAGAUUAUC